AUGGAGCGCCGCGGAUUGGCGCUUUCGUGGUGGAUUGCCGGCGCGCUUGUCGUCGCGGCCCUCACCAUCGCCCGCGCCGAGCCUCUUGACACCAUGCAAGUCCAAGUCCUCAAGGACUUAAAAGCGGCGUGGGGGUCGACCUUCAACGCCCAAGGCUGGGGUGACGACAAUCCCGACUGCAGCACAACUGCCUACAUCACCUGCGACGGCGACGGGUGGAUCACGAAAAUGAUCCUCAAAUUGAAGAACCUCGGGGGCAGCAUUCCUGCUACAUUCAGUUGGCUUUUUAAACUGCAAACACUUGACCUCUCAUACAACCGGCUCACAGGCAGCCUCCCUAAUACUUUCACGUCGCUCCUUAAACUGCAAUCCAUAGCUCUACAUAUCAACCAGUUCACGGGCACCUUACCUCAUACCAUUGGUUUUCUUUCAGACUUGACACUCCUAAGAGUUGAUCUCAAUCAGUUAAGUGGGUCGAUCCCUGCCCAAUACGGCAACCUGAAAAAGCUGAUAACUCUGAAUUUGCAUUACAACCAAUUCUCUGGAUCUCUCUCCUUUGAGCUUGGUUCCCUUACAAACCUAAAAACCAUGACCCUGUUUAAAAAUAAGCUCACUGGACCGAUUCCCAACUCGUAUAGCUCGCUUACUGCCCUGACUAACCUCAACGUAUACAACAAUUUACUCUCCGGCUCAUUCCCAGACACCUUCGGCAACCUUAAAAACCUUCAAGCCCUGGUACUUGGUCGAAAUAACUUCAGCGGCUCAAUUCCAGAAGCCUUGUUCUCUCUUACAAACCUCAAUAACCUGCAUCUUGGUAGCAAUCAGCUCACAGGCUCUAUCUCUUUAGGGUUAAGCUCUCUUACAAAACUUAUGGGACUUGACCUGUCAUUCAACAAGCUUACAGGCAGCAUCCCUGAUGGACUCAGUACCCUGAAGCAGCUGUACAGCCUUGACUUGUCAUACAACCAGCUUUCAGGAUCCAUCCCAGCAGGAAUCAGUGCUCUCACUCAACUGAACUUUCUGCCACUUCGCAGCAACAACCUCACUGGAUCUAUCCCGGCUGAACUCAGCCUUAUGCCAUCCUUGAGAGAUAUUGAUGUUUCGUGCAACCAGCUCACAGGCAGCAUCCCUGCUAGCUUUAGUGAUCUAACUAGAAUGGGAAAACUAAAUGUCUCCUAUAAUCAGCUCAGUGGACCACUCGACGUAGUUGCCACUAUUGGUGUUAGUAAUUUAUAUUCCAUUGAUCUUUCAUCCAAUCAGUUCACUGGCAGCAUCCCAGCUACCUUAAGUGAUUUACAAGAACUGGGAAAUUUAAAUGUUUCUUACAAUCAGCUAAACGGCUCACUUGAAGCUAUUGGAACUAUUUCUGCCCUAUAUUCCAUUGAUCUUUCAUCCAACCAGUUCUCAGGCAGCAUCCCCGACAGCUUCAGCAGUAUAGCUUGGCUGGGAUACUUAUAUCUAGGAAACAAUGCGUUCAGUGGCUCCUUUCCUACAGUCUUGAAAUCCCUUACCUUCUUGACAUGGCUAACUCUCAAUAACAAUCAGUUCAGUGGCACAAUCCCUUCAGACAUCAGCCUGUCCGGAUACCUGGAAGACCUAAACCUUGGUGGAAACCAGUUCACUGGACCCAUUCCCGAUGGAUUUAGCUCGCUCACAAAACUCACUCGACUUGACCUUUCAUCGAACCAGUUUUCAGGCAGCUUUCCUGACGGCUUCAGCAGCCUCUACAAUUUGCAAACCUUGCGUCUCCAAAAGAACCUUCUCACUGGCUCAAUCCCUUCUGGCAUUGGCAAUAUGGAUCUGACAUUCCUGUCUUUAAGCUAUAACCAGUUCUCUGGCCCUAUCCCCUCUGAAAUUGGUUCCCAAAAGAGACUGUUUGCCCUUGAUCUUUCAUCCAACAAGUUCUCAGGCAGUGUCCUCCCUGCUAGCUUGACAGAUCUUAGUAAUCUGCAAAAACUGCGUCUUGACAACAUGGGGUUCACUGGCCCUAUCCCUACUGUGAUCUACUCCUUGACAUCACUGAAAGAACUGUCUAUAGUUAACAGCCAAAUCAAUGGCUCAAUCCCCACGGCUAUCACCUCUCUCUCAAACCUGCAAACCCUGGACCUGUCCCGCAACCAGCUCUCUGGGCCCAUCCCUUCAAAGCUUGGCUUCUUGGACCGUCUGGUCUCACUGAACUUGGGCUUUAAUGCGCUCUCCGACUCCAUCCCUUCGAAACUCAGCUGGUUGUCCAAUCUCGUUUUCCUAGAUCUAAGGAUGAACGACCUCAGUGGGCCUCUCCUCCCAGCUACCAUCACCCCUCUGAAGAGUCUCCAGGAACUGUGGCUUGACAGGAACAAGCUCACUGGCUUCAUUCCGACUGUCAUUGGCAGCCUUACCAAUCUUGUGCACUUGUCUCUUCCCAACAACCUGCUGUAUGGAAGCAUACCAGAAGCAGUCACCUUGCUCACAAACCUCAAGACUUUCGACCUCUCUCGCAACUAUUUCACAGGCCCCAUAGUGAAGCCAGCUGACGUGCUGGCUGUGCUUUCAUACAACUACCUCUUGGGCACUCUGCCUGCUCAGCCGACAGACUUGCUGGAUGCAAACUGCUUCAAACUGGCUGACGGGGAAACCACACCCCUGCAGCGUUCCGAAUCAGAAUGCUUGGCGUUUUGUGGCGUCUCGAUAGGUUCUGUCGCCCCUCUGUGCACGGGGCAUGGGGUGUGUUACCCCGAUGGGCCUAACUUGGUGCCUACCUGCUUGUGUGAUACAUUGCAAGGGUACAACUUGUUUCGACGGGUCUACUGUCUUGUUGAUGAAACGGACCUUGUCUCUCCAGUAGAGGAGGAAAUUAUCCCUGCAUCAACCGUGCUCACAGCAGGAGCGAAAAAGGAGGCAGGAGGAAUGUUCAACCCAGACCCAGUGCCUCUCUUCAUGUAUGAAGCUGGGCGUGUGUACCCAGGCUGUGGGUUCGAGCUGGCCUUCAGUGUCAACUUCACCUUCGCCCUCUCGCCUAAAGGCAGGGCUGUUUCCAACGGCUUCGCUUUUGUCGUUUCGGCGACCAACACAGUGGGGAGCGACGUUGGCGUGGGCUACGGUGGGAUGGACACCCGAAGCAUGGCGGUUGAGUUUGACGUGCUUCAAAACAAGCCGCAAGACACCAUCAAAGUCCCGCACGUGGGGGUGAAUAUCCAGGGCCAGGAGAAAUCAGUCGCAGCUGUGAAGUCCCCGUUCCCACUGGCCAACAAGAAGCCGUACACAGCAUGGGUGGAUUAUGUUCCUGGGGACCCCGGAUUCGUUCGGGUGUUCCUCGCAACAACAGCAGUGAAGCCAAUGAAGCCACUGAUAGAGACCCGCCUGUCCCUGUGUGCGGUGCUGAAACCGGGGCCGCCCCAGGCUGUCCCAGAGCAGCCGCGGGCGUUCUACUUUGGCUUCGUGGCAUCCACCACAGUCAAGCCGUUCAUGAUUCAAACCAUUACGAGCUCGUACCUGCGCACAGGUGCUCCUCCCCCACCUGCAACAGUCAACAUCAAUCCAGCCUACGGAUUAAAUGUAACGCUGAAUACAUACGUGCCGGUACGAGCAAGCCCCUUCCCACGCUAUGUGAGUGCGGACUACCGAGUGUCGGCCGGGCAGAAGGACUCGUGGGUCUUCAGGGACCUCCACUCCUGGGACUCCGUGCCCUUCCUGGGCUGGCCCGUCAAGGACCAGAAAGAUUGCAAUGCAUGCUGGGCAUACGCAGUGGUGUCGAGCAUAGAAGCAGCAUACGGCAUCGCGACAAACCUAGAGGCGCCUAAGCUGUCAGUGGAUUCACUCUUCACAGCCAUGGGCCUCACCACCCAGACAGCCAAAUGCAACGCUGGAGGCUCACCCACUGAUGCCUUUGAGAAACUAAUGGCGCUGCCAAAGGGGGCCAUUACUAUGGACGGCAAUAAGAAAAUCACGUACCCUGUUCAGGGCUUUGAGCGCACUGCAUUCAAGGGGUAUGUGGGGCUUUUGCUGGCAGUGCAGAAGCAGCCAGUGGUGGUUCACAUUGAAGCCACUGUUGCCUCCUUCGCCAAAUACGACGGGACUUUCAAGUACCAGGAUCCUGGCUGCUAUACCGGCAACCUGAACCACGUCGUACUCGUUGUUGGGUACUUCGUUUUGAGGGAUGAUGGGAGUGAGAACCGCAUUGCGCCGCCGUUUUGGAUCAUCCGCAACUCGUGGGGCGAGGAGUGGGGAGACAGGGGCCACAUGCGAAUGGACAUGCAGGGAGGCGAUGGCGUGUGUGGCAUCAACGUGCUGCCUGGCAUCUACCCCAUUGUCAAGACUGACACGUCAGCUUUCCUGAGGUUCAUGGGGUUCAUCCUUCCCUUAUCUCCUCCUGCCCUCUCUCCCUCUCUUCUGUGCCUUCCAGUUCCCAAGGACCCAUGCGGCUUGAAGAGCUACAAGGGCGAUGGAGAUCUUCAGCCCAGCAUGAACCCGUGCGUGGACGUGUGUGGGUCGUACUUCAAGAACCCUUGCGCUGUGGGCACAUGCAUCAACGAUGGCAAGGGCGCCUACUCCUGCAUCUGCCCUCCCAACUACGUCCCCAGCCGAACCAUUGACAACUUCCCCACCUGCGACCCAGCUAACAUGACUGCCACCAGCAUGACGGUAAUUGGUGACAACUGGCAGUGCGUGGACGUGUAUUCCCUUGCAGGGCUCUCCAGCACGCAAUUCGCUCAACAGAACACAGCCGUUGCAUGCAACAAAGCGCUACCUAAAGGGACGGUGCUUCAGCUCGCUGAGUCUCCUGUCAUCCCCUGCACUGCCUUCUUCUACGUUCUCAGUGGCGACACAUGUGUGUCCAUUGCCAGUUCUAUCAAACUCACCAGAGACGAUCUCACAGACCUCAACCCUGGCCUUGACUGCACGCAAACCAUCAAGCCCGGCCGCUCGAUCUGUGUGGAGCGCAACAGAACAUACGCCUACAGCGUCCCUCAGUGUGUGAAAUACGCCAGGCUCGCUGCACAGAGCACGUGCGAGAAAUUGCUGCAGGGGUUGGGACUGCCAAGCACUCCUUCUACCUGGGCUGAGCUCUACCGCAACAACCCCGGUCUUGUCUGCUCCAACACCAUCCCUUUCACCACGUCGGCUGUUGGCAACAAAAUCGGCGUGCAGGUGUGUCUGCAAGCAGAUUACUGGCCGUUUUUACUCGGAAAAUGCACCAAGGGCCGGCCCAAGAAUGUGUCCCCAUCGCUGACCUGUUCCGGUGCUUACAGCUACUAUGGGGGCACUAUGAGCCAGGCAGCUUCAGAUUUCAAUACCUACAAUGGCAAUGCCUGUGCUGGGAAGGUCGGGGCUAAGUACAUAUGUGUGCCGCGUUAG